AUGUGCAGAGCAGAUCAGCAGAAUGAACAAAAAUCAGAUGGUGAUCACAAAUCGGUAAUCAGUUCCUUCAGUCAAAGGACAGAAGAAAGGACGAGCUGUGUAAGAAUGACAAAAAAGAUUCUGCGAGACAUUUGUAAACAGCAUAAAUUAUACUUGACCCCAUACUUAAAUGAUACACUUUACUUGCAUUAUAAAGGAUUUGACCGCCUGGAGAAUCUUGACGAGUACACCGGAUUGAAGUGUUUAUGGCUGCAAUGCAAUGCCUUAACAAAAAUUGAGAAUUUGGAGGCUCUGUCGGAGUUGCGUUGCCUCUACUUGCAACUCAAUUUCAUUAACAAAAUUGAAAACCUUGAACCCUUACAAAAGCUGGAUUCCCUCAAUAUCAAUAACAACUACAUUAAGACCAUUGAGAAUCUUUCUUGUCUGAAAGUCCUGCAGACUCUGCAGAUUGCUCACAAUAAGUUGCAAACGGUGGAAGACAUACAGCACUUGCAAGAAUGCCCAAGUAUUUCUGUUCUCGAUCUUUCCCACAACAAUCUCAGUGACCCAAAUAUCAUAACAAUUCUGGAGACCAUGCCUAAUUUGCAUGUGCUGAAUUUGAUGGGAAACCAAGUGAUAAAGAAAAUCGCUAAUUAUAGAAAAACACUUACUGUUCGACUAAAACAACUAACAUAUCUGGAUGACAGACCGGUUUUCCCAAAGGACAGAGCCUGUGCAGAAGCCUGGGCUGUUGGAGGGCGUGAAGCUGAGAAAGCAGAAAGGGAAAAAUGGGAAACCAGAGAGAGGAAAAAAAUCCAAGAUAGCAUUGAUGCUUUAGCAGCAAUCAGGCAAAAAGCAGAGGAAAAGAAAAGAAGAACAUAUGUGGAAGAAAGAGACGCAAGUGCAAAAUGUGGAAAUGGAGAUUCAACAGACAUCCUAGAAGGAGCACCUGCAAAUUCAGAUGCCAGUGGUCAAAAUGCUAAUACCUCAGAGACUUCAAAUAUAUCAGAGGAGGAAGAAACUCAAGAGAAGACUGAGAAGUUUAGAAAUGAAAGUUUGGAUGCUUCUGAGGAAGCGAUAACACUUCUACCAAAUAGGGGAGAUAACACAGAUUUCACAUCUGGAAAUAUUCCUACUGGAAUUCAAGAGGAUGCACAAGAAUCAAACUCUUACAAAUGCUCAAACUUCAACAAGAAGACAGAAGAUCUGCCAAGAGAGAAGGCAGCUCCUGAAAAGGCCGUGCUUCCUCAACUGGAUGAAUAUGCUGAAAUUGAACAAAUCAAACUGGAGAAGCUUUAUCUUGAUGAACUGCCUGAUUUAGAAGAUAUAGAUGCAAAUGAAUUUCCCCCAGAAGAGGAAAGCUUUGUUCAAAAGCAGGAAUAUCACCCAAAGAUUGAAAUAAUUUCUGAAAUGACAAAUGACGGCGAUUCUGCAUUAGAGGAAAACAAUAAAAACGUGUUUGAGAAUUCGGGAGGAGGAGAAUUUCCAACAGCCAUUUUUUCAAACGUGCGUAAGACACAUAAAGAGCAUGAAAAGGAGCACUUAAGACCCCUUGUUGAAAGCUUCCUUACAGAGCCUGCAAAUUCAGAAAGAUACCUGGAGAUCAAAGAUAAGCAAGCAACCCCCUCAAAACCCUUGAUACAAGAGGUUGUCUCUGAGCCCAAGGGUAACCUACUACUGUCACCAGUCUGCAGUCCACCAGAUGACCCCAGGCCAUGGGAAGAGGAUGGGAACAGCAGUGAUGGAGAAGUACCACGCCUGGCUGAGGGUGAAGGCUGUCCUCAUGAAGUACAAGGUGACAAGGAUAGUGAGAGUGCAUUAGAGUAA